CGUUAUGCAUACUGUAUAAAUUUUCCUAUAAAUUCAUGCCUAAACUUUUUCAAUUUCUGACUACCAAAAAUAAAUAAAUAAAACAAAAAAGGGAAUAUGGUUUCUUACCCUUACCUUCUCCUAGCUUUUUGCUUCACUGUUUCCCUGGCACAGCCAUUUAAAACUGUGAACUUAGGAAAUUGGCUCGUCACAGAAGGUUGGAUGGACCCUUCUCGCUUUGAUGGAAUCACCAACAAAGAUCUUCUGGAUGGAACUCGUGUCCAGUUGAAGUCUACGAAGCUGCAGAAGUAUCUUCGCGCAGAAAAUGGAGGUGGAACCUCUCUUCUAGGCGAUAGCUCCAUUCCUUCUGACUGGGAAACUUUCAGAUUGUGGAGGAUCAACGACACAUAUUUCAAUUUGAGGGUGCUCAACAAGCAGUUUGUGGGAUUGGAAACUCAAGGAAACAAACUAGUAGCAGUUUCAAACGCUGCUGGAGGCCCUGAAACAUUUCACAUUAUAAGGAAUACUGAUGAUCCUAAUCGAGUUCGCUUUCAAGCAUUAAAUGGGCUAUUCCUUCAGGCACAGUCAGAGACAUCGGUGACUGCAGAUUAUGCAGGCAAUGCUACUGUUUGGGAAGACAGCGAUCCAUCUGUCUUUAUAAUAACGAUUGUCGGAACUUUACAAGGUGAAUACCAAAUCACAAAUGGUUAUGGCCCAGAUAAAGCACCUCAAGUCCUACGGGAGCACUGGAACACUUACAUCACAAGCGAGGAUUUCAAAUUCCUGUCAUCAAAUAAUAUAGACGGUGUGAGAAUUCCAGUUGGGUGGUGGAUAGUACAUGAUCCAACACCACCAAAACCUUUUGUUGGGGGAUCCUUGCAAGCCUUAGAUAAUGCUUUCACUUGGGCAGAGCAAUAUGGAAUGAAGGUAAUUGUUGAUUUGCAUGCAGCUCAAGGUUCACAAAAUGGGAAUGAACACAGUGCAACAAGGGAUGGCUUUCAGGAAUGGGGAGAUUCCUACACACCAGAUACAGUAGCUGUAAUAGACUUCCUAGCAGCAAGAUAUGCAAACAGGAAAGGUUUUACGGCAAUUGCGUUGUUGAAUGAGCCAAUGGCCCCAGGCAUCACUCUAGACACUCUUACAAAGUAUUAUCAAGCAGGUUAUGAAGCUGUCAGGAAGUACACUCAAACUGCUUAUGUGAUCCUUUCAAACAGGCUAGGACCUGCUGAUCCAACGGAACUGCUCUCAUUUGCAAGCACCCUUAAUCGUGUAGUCAUUGAUGUGCAUUACUACAACCUGUUUUGGGAUGGUUUCACGAAAAUGACUGCACAACAGAAUAUUGAUUUCAUCUAUAAUUCGCGUUCUAAUGAUCUCAGGAAAGUGACCAUUGAAAAUGGUCCCCUCAGUUAUGUUGGGGAAUGGACUGCAGAAUGGUAUGUACAGGGAGCAUCAACGGAAGAUUACCAAAACUUUGCUAAAGCUCAACUAGAAGUUUUUGGGCGAGCCACUUUUGGAUGGGCAUAUUGGGCUUAUAGGUGUGUAGUUCCCCACUGGAGCCUGAGGUGGAAUAUCGAGAACAAUAUUAUACAUCUCUAGCUUUCCAACAUGGGAUGCUAUCGCCUAUAACAUUAUAUGUAGCUGUAUAACUAUUAAUUAAGAUUUGGAUGCAAGCAAUUAAUCAAUAAAUGGAUAUCAU